AUCCCGGGGAUCGCUCCGCCUCUUCCAGCGGCUCCACCCCGGCCCGGUGCCCGGAUGUUCCCGUCUAUAGAGAAGCUGACGGAUCCAUGAUGGCGGCUCCGGCCUGAGAACUGAACGGGGUGUGGAGGCAAACCGACCGAGUGAGAGAGAGAGAGAUCCCCCUCCCCGGGGAGACAAGUCGCCACAUUGCGGUGUUAACACGGCGGGACGGCGGUGGCGGAGCGAAGGAAGAAAGCGUCCGGCCCUCGACGCCCAGCCAUGGCGCACCAGAAGCGGAGCCGGGACCAGGCCUGGCCGGAGGAGGCAGGCGACAAGGAGCACGGACUGUACAGCUUGCACCGGAUGUUCGACAUCGUAGGGACGCACCUGACCCACCGGGACGUGCGGGUCCUCUCCUUCCUUUUUGUGGACGUUAUAGACGAUUACGAACGCGGCAUGAUCCGCACGGGGCGGGACUUUCUGCUGGCCCUGGAGAGGCAGGGCCGCUGCGACGAGACAAACUUUCGCCAGGUUCUCCAGCUGUUACGGAUUAUAACGCGGCACGACCUGCUGCCGUACGUGACCCUGAAGAGGAGGCGGGCCGUGUGCCCGGACCUUGUAGACAAAUACCUCGAAGAGACUUCCAUUCACUACAUGACGCCGCGAACGCACAGCAGCGGAGAGUCUAGCACGGAGCACAUGCGCUCGCCUGCCCCACCCCAUAACCCCAUGGUGUGUUCCCCGCCCUCCGGACCCCAAAUCUGCACUAAGAGGCCAGGAAGGGGUAGACCGCCCCUCAACAGCCAGAAGAAGAGAAGGAAAUCCAUCACACCGGACCCCAAGGAGAAGCAAACGUGCGAUAUCCGCCUGCGGGUACGGGCCGAGUACUGCCAGCACGAAACGGCACUACAAGGCAACGUCUUUUCCAACAAGCAGGACCCCCUGGAGCGCCAGUUCGAACGCUUCAACCAGGCCAACACCAUCCUAAAGUCCCGGGACCUCGGCUCCAUCAUCUGCGACAUCAAAUUCUCCGAGCUCACCUACCUGGACGCCUUCUGGCGCGACUACAUCAACGGCUCUUUGCUGGAGGCGCUGAAGGGCGUCUUCAUCACGGACUCCCUCAAGCAGGCCGUGGGCCACGAGGCCAUCAAAUUACUGGUCAACGUGGACGAGGAAGACUACGAAAUCGGCCGCCAGAAACUGCUUCGGAACUUGAUGAUGCAGAGCACGCUGUGACGCCAACAGAGAACCCUUUUUGGGGGUGGGGCUGCGGGAGGGGUGGAGUUACAAUGACAGCGCUGCUCGGCAUAUGGCGGCUCUUAAAGUGAACGGAUCCAUCACAACCAAUUUUUUUUUUUUUUGUUUUUUUUUCAGUACUUUUUUUUUUUUGUUUUUUUUUAUAUAUAUCAACUAAAAAGUAUGGAGAGAAAAAAAAAGAAAUAUAUAAAUCUAUUUGAGGUAAGCACUGUGUUGCUUGAGGAGUAGACCGACCCGACAUGCUGUCAGUAUGCGCCUAUAUUAUAACUAUAUUUAUGUACUUGUAAAGAUAUAUAUGUAUACGGGCCCGAUCGGUCCAAUUAAAACAAACAAAAAAAAAAAAGACGACGCCUGUAGGGACAGCGGCACUUAUAUCACUGCGCCAAUUUAUUUUUUUAUUUUUUUUCUCUCCUUUUUAUAAGGUUGCUCCUCUCCAUACUGGUCAUGUGACCCACAACAGCAUUGAAUCCUUAUCAAACUUCCUCCCUCCGUAUUACAUUUUUUUUUUUUUUUUU